AGAUUGUGAAGGUGGGAGGGGCAAAGAGGAGGAGUCCACCCCUCCCGUCUGGUUCCGCGACUGCGGGACUGAAGGAAGCAUCGCCAGACAUAUUUCAAUGUUCAUCCUGCUGCUCUGCGUCAAAGGGGCUGAUUCAGGUGCUGUCAAGAUGGUGGCACCUGGCAGUAGAGACGCAAAGAACAUGCCGUGUUUAAGAACCACACGUUGCUGCCCACAGAAAUUCAAACUACGAUGAGAAAGUACGAUGUAGGAGAAGAUAGCAUGGAUCAUCCACUUCUCCAAUAAACAGCAUUCUUCCUUCUGGGGAUCUUCCAAAGUCUUCCCUUUCCAACAUGCGCCCGUCUCUUGCCACGGCAGUCCUUCCAGCCAGGACGCGUUCCCACAACGUCCCCAUUCUGGCCGUAGGGAGUCGUGAACAACUCUCAGCACCUCGAAGGCGUAGUCCUAACAUCCGACAAACCCUGAGCCCAGAAAACCUUCGGACACUGGCUGAAAGAGGAGGGUCUUGUGUCGACAAUGUGUCUAUGAUCAGCGGUCCCAUUGGACUUUCACGUGCCAAUAGCGACACAGAUCUGAUUAGCUCUCAGAGCAGGUCCUCACUGACGGCAUCCACUCUGGAGUACACUUUGAACCGUGGCCAGAACCUCGUCAUAUCCUGGGAUAUCAAGGAGGAAGUGGAUGCUACAGACUGGAUUGGACUGUACCAUAUUGAUGAAAGCAGUCCAUCCAACGUGUGGGACUGCAAGAACCGAGGCGUGAAUGGGACUCAGAAAGGUCAGAUAGUGUGGCGACUGGAGGCGGGGCCUUACUUCAUGGAUCCCGAGACAAAGAUCUGCUUCAAGUAUUACCAUGGAGCGAGUGGAGCCCUGCGAGCCACAACCCCCUGCAUCACGGUGAAGAACACGGCUGUCCUGGUGGAGUGUCUUUCAGAGCAGGUGGGUGUUGAACAUCCUCGGAAACUGAUAAGCUUCACUUUGACAGACUGCCUCAGUGAACUCAAACAGUGGUUCUCAUCCAAUUUCCUCCAACUCAAUAAUCUGCGGGCCAACAGCCUAAAAAAAGGUAUGUUUUUUCAUCCGGACCCAUAUCUAAAGAUGUCCAUCCAUCCUGGCAAGAGGAGCGUCUUCCCGGUCUUCAGCCAUCACGGACAAGAACGCCGAUCAGCCAUCAUCGCCAACACCACAAACCCAGUUUGGCUUGGAGAGAAAUAUACCUUUGUAGCACUAAUGACGGACAUUUUGUACAUCGAAGUCAAGGACAAGUUUGCCAAAAGUCGACCAAUCAUAAAACGCUUUCUUGGUCAGCUGACAAUCCCUGUACAGCGCCUGAUCGAAAAGAUACCUGGAGUCCAGCCUGUGAGUUUCUCGUUGUGUCGCCGCCUCCCUACGGAACACGUGAGUGGAAAUUUGCAGUUCAAGGUGGAGCUGACAUCUACUGGUGCCGAUGAUGCUAUCAUUGGCCUUUCGAGCUUUAAUGGAGCUCCAGGGACUCCAUCAGAUGAUGAAGAUCUGCCUCAUCACUUUCCCGGAAUGCUCUCAGCAGGCCCCUCCCCAACUGAAUCCCAGGACUCCCAAUGUGUUUGGGAUGGCGGGGCCUCAGCAUACCCAGAAAAUAAUCUUCCUCUUAUCGGAUCUGAAGCUGGAUGUUUGGAAGAACGUGAGUUGCUUCAUAGAUCACUCAGUGAGGGUCUGGACGCUAUUGAGGUCCCCAAACGUCCAGGAGAAAGGCCCCUCGGCGCCGCCUCUCCCAAACUACGUUCAAGCUUCCCGACACAUUCACGGCUUAGCGCGAUGUUACACAUUGAUUCUGACGAGGACGAAGACAGGUCCGGGGCAAAUGAAAUGCUUCCAAUACCGCCCUCCCCGUUGUUGCUAAAUGGAGUUCCUCAAGAUGUUACUGUUCCUGAUGAAGAUGAGACGCAGUCUGGAGAAGAGGAGCCGGAGUGUCUUGAAGAUCUAAACUCUGAGGCCCAGGUGGCUCAUGAGGUGGAAGCAGGUUUGAACCAGGAUGAUGUUAUGGACCUAGAUGUCUUUCCUGAGGUGGAAGAAUCUCUAUUCUCAGAGGCUGUUUCCCAUAAUACCUUACCAGAGGGGGCAGAGGAACCCGCUGAGGAAAUUUCUUCAGAGAUGGACACCUGUUCCAUGGCAACAGCACCUCAGACGGCCGUCUCCUCCUCAGACAGUUGUCCUGUCACCUUGACUGCCGGUGUGGAAGCAGAGAAAGUUCCAGAACCUGUCCUUGAUUCCGGAGAAAAUAUGAUUUGCGGCAAUGCAGACUAUGGAGGCCGUGGACAGGGAGAAACGGCCUCAGCUUCAGAGCAGGAUGACUUUCUGGCGAUACGUGUGAGGAAACUGAGCCUCCAGGAAGACCAAGACGAAGAUGACUCAAAGCCACAUGAGGAGAUGGUUACCAUAGAAACAGAUGUAGAGGAAGGUUCUCCUGUCAAUGGUCAUCCUGUUAGGUCCCUUCCAUCUGUUCGACAAGACAUUCACCGCUAUCAGCGUGUGGACGAGCCUCUUCCACCCAACUGGGAGGCUCGGAUUGACAGUCAUGGAAGAAUUUUUUUUGUUGACCAUGUGAACAGAACCACCACAUGGCAGCGACCCACUGGACCUCCUGCACAACAGGGCAUGACCCGGUCUAACUCUAUUCAGCAAAUGGAACAACUCAACCGCAGAUAUCAGAGCAUCAGGAGAACUAUAACCAGCAGUGAGAGAACAGAGGACAGCUCAGCUGAUCUGCUUCUUGAACCAGAACCUGAUUUAAUGCUUCACUCCAUUUCUGAAUACCGACGAGAGAGUGCAGUCAGUCAUUCAAGUGGUCGUCUUUCUCUGCUGCUCCAGUCUCCCAGCGCCAAGUUCCUGUGCAGCCCCGAUUUCUUUACUGUGCUGCAUUCUAACCCUAGUGCCUACCGUAUGUUUACAAGCAACACCUGUCUGAAGCAUAUGAUCAGUAAGGUGCGGCGAGAUGCUCAUUACUUUGAGCGCUAUCAGCACAACCGUGACCUGGUGACCUUCCUCAACAUGUUUUCCAACAAACAGUUGGAGCUUCCCCGCGGUUGGGAAAUGAAACAUGACCAUACCGGGAAGCCCUUCUUUGUGGAUCACAAUUGUCGCUCAACAACCUUCAUUGACCCACGGCUGCCUCUUCAGAGUUCUCGCUCCACCGGCCUGCUGGCCCACCGCCAGCACCUGAGCCGCCAGCGCAGCCACAGCGCCGGAGAGGUGACAGAUGACUCUCGACAAAGCAAUACACCCAUGAUGCCACGACCAUCCAGUACCUUCAGCGGUUCCAGUCGAAGCCAGUACCAGGAUGUGGUGCCUGUGGCGUACAACGAUAAAAUUGUGGCUUUUCUACGACAAGCCAACAUAUACGAGAUCCUGCAGGAACGACAACCACAACUUCCUAGGAACAAUUCUCUCAAAGAGAAGGUACAGUUUAUUCGCAGUGAGGGAGCCAGUGGGCUUGCACGCCUCUCUGGGGAUGCUGACCUCGUCAUGCUGCUGAGUUUAUUUGAAGAGGAUGUGAUGUCUUAUGUGCCACCUCUGCUCCACCCAAACUACUGCCUCUCCUCCUCUCCCCAAAACUCUCCCGGCACCCAACGAGCAAACGCAAGAGCUCCUGCUCCCUAUAAACGAGACUUUGAGGCCAAAUUGAGAAACUUCUAUCGGAAGCUGGAGACUAAAGGAUAUGGACAAGGACCUGGAAAAGUCAAGCUGGUGAUACGUAGAGACCAUCUUCUAGAAGAUGCCUUCAACCAAAUCAUGUGUUACUCUCGCAAAGAUCUACAAAGGAGCAAACUUUACGUCAGCUUUGUAGGAGAAGAUGGGUUAGACUACAGUGGUCCAUCCAGAGAGUUUUUCUUUCUUGUGUCCAGAGAGCUUUUUAAUCCCUACUAUGGCUUAUUUGAAUAUUCAGCGAACGACACGUACACAGUGCAGAUGAGCCCCAUGUCUGCCUUUGUAGACAACCACCAUGAAUGGUUUCGUUUUAGCGGGCGUAUCCUGGGACUGGCUCUGGUCCAUCAGUAUCUGCUGGAUGCCUUCUUUACCCGACCUUUCUACAAGGGUCUGUUACGCAUAUCAUGUGACCUAAGUGAUCUGGAGUUCCUGGAUGAAGAGUUCCACCAAAGUCUGCAGUGGAUGAAGGAUAACGACAUCGAGGACAUGCUGGACCUGACCUUCACUGUCAACGAGGAGGUCUUUGGACAGAUCACAGAGCGAGAGCUCAAGCCGGGUGGGGCGAGUAUUCCUGUGUCGGAGAAGAACAAGAAGGAGUACAUCGAGUGUAUGGUCAAGUGGCGCAUUGAGAGGGGCGUGGCUCAGCAGACUGAGAGUCUGGUUCGGGGCUUCUAUGAGGUGGUGGAUGUGCGGCUAGUGUCUGUGUUCGAUGCCAGGGAGUUGGAGCUGGUGAUGGCUGGAACUGCAGAAAUUGACCUGACAGACUGGAGGAACAACACGGAGUACAGAGGAGGUUACCAUGACGACCACAUCGUGAUUCGCUGGUUCUGGUCAGCAGUGGAAAGGUUCAACAAUGAACAAAAACUCAGACUUCUGCAGUUUGUGACAGGUACAUCAAGUAUUCCCUACGAGGGCUUUGCCUCGCUGCGAGGAAGUAACGGACCCCGCAGAUUCUGUGUGGAGAAGUGGGGCAAAAUCACCUCCUUACCAAGAGCUCAUACAUGCUUCAAUCGUCUGGACCUGCCAGCAUACGCAUCCUUCUCGAUGCUGUACGAGAAGAUGGUGACUGCAGUGGAGGAGACCAGCACAUUUGGUUUGGAGUGAAGGCAAAAGGUUGUCUUUAGCAGAACACGUGGACAACAACAGUCCUGAACACAGUGGAUCAUUCUGGAACACUUUUUGAAAAAGAACCAACAAGAUGAAAAUGUUUUCACUCAGCCUUCAGUGAACUGCCUUCUUCACUCUUCUCCAUUUCCUCCUUGUGCACCUUAGAGAGCCAACGUUCUCCAUUCUCCUCUCUGGACCUCAAAACUGUGUCUACUCAAACCCCGAAGCUCACAAAACUUCCCGUCGCAGUCGGAUGAUUGACAGCAUGAAGAAUGUCAGGAAACAUAUUUCAUGUACUCGUUAACACAGAAGACGCACAUCAUCAUGCCAGCUUCAAAAUAUGCUCAGAUACAAUGAUCAUUGUGGAGUGUGAGACACAACUUGAAAAAAACAGAUCAAACAUUGACGUACUUUAUGUAAUAAUUUAAUGAAUGAAUCACAACUUGGAACACAUUUGCUCAAACAUAAACAUAAAAAAUAAGUGAAUGAAUGAAUCACAACUUGAACACAUCGCCCAAACAUGAACAUAUUAAAUAAGUGAAUGAAUUAAUUAAUCACAACUUAAACAGACCUGCUCAAACGUGAAUGAAUGAAAUAGGUGAAUGGAUGAAUCACAAUUGAUGCAUAAGGGAUGAUGUGUAAAUAUAUAUAUGCAUCUCAUUGUACCUGUGUAUAGUGACAAUAAAAGGCAUUCUAUACAUAUAUCUACAUAUCUAUCUAUAUAUAUAUAUAUGUAUAUCUAUCUAUCUAUCUAUCUAUCUAUCUAUCUAUCUAUAUAUAUAUAUAUGUAGGUGUGGGA